AUGAUUCCUGGUGUUUCAUCGGCACUGGCAGGCCCUGUCCUUGCAGGUAUGCCACUAACGGACACCCACUUGAGCAAGAGCUAUGCAGUGGUCAGUGGGCACGAUCUGUCACAGUAUGAUUGGGCAGCCCUGAAGGCAGUGGACACGUUGGUGGUAAUGAUGGGGUCAAGGUCCUUGCCGCAACUUAUUGAUGUGUUGAGGGAGGGUGGAUGGCCACCCGAUGCCAAGAUUGCUAUCAUCCACUCAGCAUCCCGGGAUGGCCAAGACGAACUCUAUGGCGACCUGCAAGAUAUCGUCGGAAAGACAAAUGGCCGGGACUUGUCCCCCUCCAUCAUCGUUGUGGGCGGUGCAGUGGCACUGACACACCCAGGGCACCAGUCAUUCAGGCCACAGCUGCAACAGAUGAUGCCGAACUGA